UAGUUCGUCCCCGACCGAGAGCUUUUCACCUCGAACGAGCCCCAAUCAACCGCUAUUCCCCGAUGAAAAAUUUAAAUCCACCAUCAGCCGUCAGUAACCCCCGUGAGAGUGCGUUUGUCCGAGGCAGUGGCCCGUCCAGGAGUAGCCGGAGUCCCGUUACUCCAAUUCAUUCCGUCCGCUUUCGUCGUAGCCCCUUCGUCCCGAGUCACCGGCAGUCCGUCGUUCAGUAUUCACCCACUUUCCAAAAAAAAUUCUUCAGCUCGAAGAAAAAAAAUUGAAUUUUGAAAAAAAAUUGCGGGAAAAUUGCAACUCCAACGCCACCUGUGAAAACUCGCCACGCGUGGCCAUCAUCAGCCGUGAAAAGCCGAGUUAUUCGAAGGUAUUAGUGUUGCCGUAACGCAUUGGUAUUCCCAACAAAAGGCCCCUUCACCACACAAACACAAACGCACCACAUACCACAGGCUUGAGUGAAAAUUCAGUGGCAUACACCAACGAACACCACAAAAAGCCCCGAUACCCAAAGGAGAAUUGAAGGCCCGUUUUGUGGCGCGUCGGUUAGAGGCCUCCGGUUGGCUGUUGCGCUCCCAUAGAAAUGAGAAAGUCGGCUUGAAGGGAAUCGAGAACACGAGUGCGUCGACACGUUUAGUGCCCAGUGCCAAGCUGCGUGUUGAGCCCACCUCAGACACGUGAAACGAUAAAAAAAAAAAGAGAGACAAAAAAUUCCAUAUUUUUGUACACAUUCACGGAGCAAUUCUCACACUCGGCACUCCCAUUGCCACCAGCUCUCGUUAAAAAUGCUCCACUCCCUAACUUCCUCGUGAACGGAAAUCGCCGAAAAAUUGGAGAAACCGCAGAGGCCGAAUGAACUAGUUGUCAAAAAAAAAAAGGAAAACGAAAUAAAACUUAGUCUGUGAGUUUAGUCGGUUUUAUUCCACCUUGUGAGUACGUGUAGGUCUAUGCCGUCAUUGCCGUGCGGUUCACGAGUGAAUCAACACAGUGUCGGUGCAGCUACUGCAGUGAGAACGUCAAACAGUGUUACAAGUUGAUUAAUUUCAGCGGAAUUAUUGAUGCUCCACCACGGGUAAGUGCACAACAAACUUGUUAACGUCGCGCUGCCCCACGACGCGAAUCGUUCAAUUGUCAGGAGGGGGGAAAACAAAUUUUUGUCAACCGGGAAAAUUAAUAAAACGGAGUAAAAGAGCGAAACGGUGGCCACCGAGAGCACCCACCCCAAGACACUAAAAUCGUCGCGGGUACCUCGUCGUGGCUCCACGCUCUGGCUCGGUCUCUAUGGGCUUUUGGUGGGGUGGUUGGAGGUGCGGACAGUGGUUGAGAGGCUGGUGGGGUUGGAAAUUGCGUGGUGGUGGGUGAACCACCACGCCAGGCCCCUCCGUAGCAUCUCUGGCUUCUCCUGCGGUACCUCCGCACGCUUUUAAUGCUCGCGUCAUUUUUUUUGUUCUCUCCCGGGAUUCUCUUUUUCGCGUCUUGCUGGGGACGAGAUCAACUGUGUUGUUUUUUUUCCCACUUCUCCCCCUGGGCACAGGAAAAUUGGGUGGGGGUGUAAACAAUUGAUUUUUACGGACGAGACGCUGAUAUUCUCAUUCGGCGAACUGACGUCGAUCGGGGACAUUCCACCCCCUUUCACAUGUACCCGGAGAGAUUUUCUUCUUCAUUCAUUUUUUUCCAUUAUUCAGAGAGCGAUGAAGUUGAUGGAAUGCUUUGAUUAUUUUGGCUCGAGGAUUUUUUGGUAGGAAAUUCAGGCGAUUUGUCGUUGACAUCCGAAAAUGGCGUCGGUGCUGACGUGGCGAUGAGUCACGGCCAACGCCCAAUCACCCGAUGCUUUACUCUUCAUACGAUUCCUCUCAAUUUAUCAAUUAUUUUUUCCCGACGAGUGGCAUUUUUAAGAAUUUUCAGCAGCAUGGGGCGGCCAACUUGCGACGUAUUCGGAAAAUAUUUAGGAUUAAAGUACAUUCAUUGUACUGCGCAGUUGCUAUUCUCCGCAUCAUGAGCAUUACCUACGUCACGCCGUGAUUACAGACAGCACUCUCUCUGUCCCCUGGAACAACGUCCGUGGCCAAUUGCCAACGUUUUUCCGAACAGAUGCAGAAAUAACGGUGUAACAAUAAAUUUCCGUAAUUGUAAAAAUUAAAUAAUAGUUAAUGGCGAUCGUGUGAGUGCACAGAUGACGAAUGCUGUUGAAUGUAGGUGAUUAAAUAUUCCACGAAUUGUGUUAAAUGUGUGUGCCUGAGCCGGUGGGAUCACUUGUUACCGAUUCAACUUUCACCGAUAAUUUCUUUUUUUUCUCGUGUAGAAAGGUAUUUAAAAUAAAAGUGGAAAAAUGAAUUUCACGCCUUUCCAAGGAUUCGCCACAGGUACCUUACCAACGGGCACGGUGCAUCAAUUUGCAACGGCCAAAUUUGCCCAAAAUUUGACAACCGGAGGUCAAGUUGUUGGUGUGCUAUCUGGUGGUGAAGGAGGUGUACACUAUUUAAGGCCAGUCGAUCCAAAUGGAUUUACGGUGGCUACUCAGGGGGGCAAUAAUCAACAACAACAAAUAAUAACAUUACCAAUAACAGUGCCUGGCAAAGAUGGUACACAGCAACAGCAAACCGUCCAAAUACAAGUGGUUAAUCCAGCUGUGUCACAGGGUGGCAACAGUGGCGAUCAGCCUAAGUAUCAUUUAGCACCGAUAUCAUUGGGACAAUUUCCACAGGGUGCUGCAACCGUUUUGACAGUAGCUUACAGCCAACAAGGAGCUGAUGGGGUGCAGAUACAGGUACAACCACAGAACACGGUGGCCACCACACAAACAUCGGAGCAAACAACGCAAAGUACAUCAACAGCAGUAACAAGUACAGCGCAACAGACAAUACCUCAAACCGUUCAACUACCAGGUGCCCCAGAAGGUCUCACUGUUGUCGCCCAAAUCCCCCAGGAUCUAAUUCUGCGUGAGGGAAUAGAGGACACCAAGGAGGACAUAAAGGAAGGCACAACGCCAGUGGCCCUGAUAAAACGAGGAAGCGUCAAGAAUCAGGCGAAUCAAAGUGGCGAGGAAUUCAUAACCUCCAUGCCAGCUACCUGGCAGAGCUUGGCAGCACCAGGUUCAACAGUAGCCGAUUACCUAGCCCGAAUACCCGCCAACACACUUCCCCUCUCUCUCCAUCACUUCCUGAAAUUCUCAGCGGAGACAAUAAAGCGUGAAUCAACGAUAGAGUCGAGCCCCCUGGGGGCAGACGGUAUAGACGCCUCUGGUAGUACAGCAUCGGGUGAUCAGACAGUUCAGAUAACAGUUGGUGGUGGUGAAACGGAGAUUAUUCCCGAUGUCGCUGAGGAUCAAGAGUCUGGGACAAAGCCCAAGAGGAAAAAGAAGUACAAGAAGAAGCCACCGAAGCCGAAGAAACCAAAGCCAGGACAAGUGUCCAUAGUAACAGCCCUAGAUGGUACCACCCUCUUCUGUUGCCCUCAGUGCAACAUGGCGUAUCCUGAGAAGGAGCUCCUCGAGCAGCACCUGAUUGGUCACAAGAUCGAGCGCAGAUUUAUCUGUGAUAUUUGUGGUGCUGGACUGAAACGCAAGGAGCACCUGGAGCGACACAAAUUGGGGCACAAUCCAGACAGGCCGUUCAUAUGUUCCGUCUGCAUGAAGGGCUUCAAGAGAAAAGAACAUCUCAAUCUUCAUUUUGUCAUUCACUCUGGACAGAAGACAGAGGUAUGCACAGAGUGUGGAAAAGCCUUUUAUCGUAAGGAUCAUCUCCGAAAGCAUGCAAGAUCACAUCUGGCAAAACGCGCCAAGGAGGAUCCUCUGGGGACUGUUGACUCACAGAAUCAGGGACAACAGACUGACACUCAGGGACAGGGGCAGACUGGCGAAAUCCAGAAUUCGGUUUCUGAACUCCAGCAAAUUCAGAUACAAGUGGGGCAGGGCUCCCAGGCACAGAUACAUCAGAUUGCAGUUACCGAACAGUCAACCGUUGUACUUCCAACAGCCGCUGAAACUGGCGCUAUGGCUAUGCUCCAUCAACAGCAGCAGCAUUAGCGGCAAUCAACCGUUCCAGGUACAGCUGGACGGUAUUCUCGGGUUAAUCAGCAACGGGCCAAGGGAAGAGUUGCAUAGGUCCAUUAAAUCAUCGAUGGGAAUUCCUCGCGGGAAAAUGCCCUCGGCGAGUGUGUCUGGAGGCCUAUUUCAUGCAUUUCACCAUGAGGAGGUGGGGAAUUGAAUGCAUCGCCUAUUUGUUGCAAAAGUAAAUUCAGUGAUUCGACUUGAUGGAGAAGAUAUCUAGAUUUUCUAAUGAUACGUUGAUUUUUUGAUAAUAGGGAUUUUCAAAGAGAAUUUUUAUUGUUAGAGGUCGAGGACUAACUAAAGAUAUUGUAUACGUAUUAUUUUUUAUCCAAAAUAAAAAAUAGGUAUUUAAUACGUUUCAUCAAUGAAUCUCUCAGCAAAGAUCCAAAUGUUUUUAUUGAUCCGCUAAUUCUCAAUUUGCUGUUAAAGUAUGAAAAAAUAGUGGUAGCUGUUAGCCAUCAAGUAGAAUCGGCAGAAAAAUAUAAUUCAAUUAUAUAUUUUGCAUAAUAUUUUUUAAUAUUAUAUAAAAAUAUAUAGUGACUUAAAAAUAUACCUCAUGUUUGUUUAUAUGAAGUGGGCCAAUUCCAGACACUCAAACCUAUUCUCUUGCGUAGAUUUGCAUCUCUUCCCAAUCAAUAAAUGUUUGAAAGGAAAAAUGAUGAUAUCAAUGAGUUUUUGAAGAAUUUGUGGUGAUUGUUACAUUUGGGCUGAAUGACAGGCGUUUCCGUGAGAUGCUUUAUCUCCUUGGGUUUCUUUGAAUACAGUCUUUGGGUAUUACGAUUUUUCUCAUUUCUAUUUUCGUCGUUAAACGCCCAAUGAUUUAUUUCUUUAGCACGCACGCGUUCUAGUGUGCGUUUAACAGACUGACGAGUGCACUUUCGUCGCAAGAAGAUAGCUCAGGGGAUUUUGGUUGAAUUUUUUUUUUAUUAUGAGCAUUUCGAGUCAUCCCAGGGGUUCCUAAAAUCCUGAACAGAUUUAUAUGAAUUUUUACCUAAAAUGGAUGAGGCCCUGGGAUGAGGCGGAGUCCUCCAGAUUCAGAGGAUUUAUUCGGGAUUGUGAUCACUAUGAACAGAUGCAUGAACUUUAAUACAUAUGCAUGUCCACGGUGACAUUUAAAUUGAAAUUGAUAAUGUACAUAGAGUUACAAUUGUGAUAAUUUUGAUUGAUUCAAACAAUUGUUUAUGACUUUGGUUGGCAAGAUACACGAAUUAUAUACUUCAGAAGAAAACAAAAAAAUUUUAUGAAAAAUCUUAUUCUAAUCCCACUGGAUUUCUAUUACCAGAUGCCUGUAGGAAAUCCAGAACAUCAAUUUCUACAGUUUUUUGCUUCAUUUUUCUUUAUUUUUUCAUAAAGUUGAACUAAUAAAUGCAACUCGAGGAAUUCCGUAGAAAAUGAAAUAUAUUCCUAAAUAAUUUCCUAUAUUUCAUUUCUAUAAUUUCUAGGAUUGCCGGCCUCGUAAUUGGGUGCUGCAAUUCAUUAAUUAUCAUCAACUACUAAUGGAAUGCAAAUAAACAUGAAGAGAAAAUUAUUCUGUUUUCUAACAUGCCUUUUACAACUAAUGUUAGUUUAAAAAAAAUGUAAUUAUGACUUCCUAGUGAGAAUUGAUCCGGUAAUUGACAUAACAAUAAGAGGAUGAUGUCUAUAAAAAAUUUAUGGCGAUGAAAAAUGGUUAAAAUUUCUUGUACGGCGAAAGUGCACGUGUCCCAUAAUUUGGAAUUGCCCGAUAAUACCACAAGGAUAAACCUCAUGUUACAUGAAAAUGCUGCGCGAAGAAAACAGAGUAAGAAUUGUAUUUAUGCAUUAUAGAAAACUGAUUUAAAAAUCCAUCUAUCUUUCUUUUUCUUUUUUAUUUAAAAAAUAGAGAAAAAACUAAACAGUUUAAGGCAGUGGGUAUAGCUGUAUGAAAUUAAAUUUAAACAAUACAAUGAAACAAAAAAUCAUAGUUAUUUUAUUAAUAUUAUUAUUAUUAUUAUUACACAUAGGUAUUAUUGUAGAACCUACGAAAAUUCGUCUGUAAGUGAUUUUCAUUGUUACUUAUAUAAAUAUUGGAAAAGACACAAAAAAAAUACUAAAAAUAAAACGUAAAUUUAAUAUAAAA